UGGUUUAAGUAAUUGAGCGAUUCUUACGCCUCAGUCUUGACCUCGCUUUCAUACUCUCUUCUGUGCAUACUAAUUUGAGUGCAAUCAUGCCUGCUGACUUGGAGAAUUCCAAUCCUUCUGAACAAAGAUCCAUGGCUGCCUGGCUUUCCAGAAUGAAGAGUACUCCAUUGAGUCAAGGAGAGGAGUUGGCCAAGGCAAUGCAAAAGAAAGUUGCAGAGUCGAACAUGGCCCAAACCCCACCGACCCUUGGACCCAGUAAGGCCUGCAUUUGUGCUCCAACCAACCACGUUGGCUCCUUCAGAUGCCACCUGCAUCGAACCACACAAAAACCUGCAGAGGAGGACAAGAAAAGCUCCAUGAAUUUUGGGUCCAAGGUGAUGGUUGAUGAUGGUAAGCCUAGGCUGUCCAGGUUUGGGAAGGCUGCCUCUGCUCGAAGCCCCCAAAAGAGCGAGUCAUUGGCUGUGGAGUGAUAAAUCUCUUGUUUGAGCUGGAUUCUAUCGGUUCCAAAUUGUAAAUAGUUGAAGUUGACAUGUCAUUUGAUUUUUUUUGUUAAUGGACAUUUCAACUCUGUCAAUAUAUAUAGACUAAUUUGGCUCUUAAGCCUAAGUAAAUCCUAUUCAUGG